AUGAUAAAAAAAUGUUAAUAGCAUUAAAAAUUCGAGGAAAAAUUUAUCUGCAUUCACAAAACAAGACUAAAAAAAGAAGGUAACAAAUUUUCGUGCAUCAAAUGUUUAAACUGGAAAAAAUCAGACGAUUACUUAAAAUGUAUUGAGGAUGUUGAAGAAGAGGCAAAAUAAAAUGUAGCCAAAUAUGUAGAAAUGUAAACCAAAAUAAUAAAUUCUAAUAAUGAAAUGAAUAUCUACAAUCAUUAACAGAACUUUAUCAUAAAUUAAAUCAAUAUUUUGAAAAUUAGUAAAAGUCCAUAACUUCAUUAAUCGAAUAAUAAAAUCAAAUAUUAACACAAAACAUCAACUAAGCAAAUGCUCUUUUAAAUGAACAAUCUGUUUUGGAUUCUCAAUCCUUAGAUAAUUUUAUUAUUUUUACAACUUUAAAUGAAGCAAAUUAAAAAAUUUUUGAAAAUAAAUAUGUUUCUAUAAAUAAAUGUUUAGAAAGAUAAUUUAAUUAUGAAUUUGCUGAAAUCUAAUGUAAAGUAAAUUAAUUUACAACGUUGGAAUUUAAAUUUGAUUCUAUUCCAAAAUAUGAAGUUGAAUAAUUCAAAAUUUUAACUGCUGAUAAAAAAAAAGAUAAAAUUCCCUAUUGCGAAGAACACUAAAUGAAAAAAAUAUAAAUAUGCACAUACGAAGAUUGUUUAGAAGAGCAAAAACAAGAAUAUCUAUGUUCAGAUUGUGCUAAGAAUAAUCAUGAAUAACAUUCAAAAGGUAAAUUUAUAAAAACUUUAUAAAAAAUAAAGAUUGAGCAGAAUGAGAAACUUAAAUUAAUUGAGGAGUAAUAUUAAAUCCUUAAAUAAGAAGUUGAAAACAGAAUUGAUAAAGAAUUAACAGCAAUUUAACAACAAUAAUAAGAAAUUUUCGUUAAUUCUUAAAAAAUAAGGGAAAAUCUUAAAUAUUUGGAAACUUAGUCUAAAAUUAAUCCUUUCAACAAAAAUCCAAAUUUUAUUUAUAAUAAUAUUAAUUAGAAUUUGUUAUCAUAUGAUUUAGAUAUGAUCAAAUAAGAGUUUUAAUCAAAAUUAGAUUAAUUAGAAUAAUUAAAAUAACAUAUUACAACAAUAAAAAAAGAAGAGUUUCAAUAAUAAUGCCAAACUACUGAAGAGUUAUCACUAACUGCUCAGUAAGAAGCAUUUAAAUUAAAAAAAUUAGUGUAAUAAUAUGAAAUUUAAAUUUCAGAGUUAUAAAAGAAAUUAGAAAUUAAUUCAAAUUAAUCAUUAAUUACAGAAAUUAAAAAUGCAUAAAACUAAUUGAUUGACUAAUCCUUCAAAGAGCAAUAAAAAUGUUUUAUUGAGGGUAUUAAUGAGAUUAUAUCAUAAAUUUAAACUGUUUCAAAAGUUGUUACUGAAAGUAAACAUUUCAGUUCUCUGUAAUCAGAUUUGAAAAAUGCUAUAACAACAAUUAAUUAAAUUAAUUCAUAAAGUUCCUUGAUACCGCCUUUAUAAUAAGAUUAAAAAACUUCAAUUUAUGUUUAGGAAGAAAAAAAAUAGGUCCCUAUGGCAAGAAGAUAUGAAAAAUUUAAUUGA